CACAACAUAUUUAGUCACGCAGUCUGCAAGCAUGACUGACUAGUUCCAUUCACACCGGUACCGUUGCGUCAUCGUGGACUGUGAACAAGAUCAGUCUGCUUAUCUCCACCGCGGGAUAGUCACUUGCCCGGUGCUAUCUCGUGAUGUAACUCAGUGCAGUCCAACACGCCGUCCGGGAAGCACUGCAGCUGACCAGUGUUAAAAGACCGAACGUUCGUGUGUCUGUUCAGUGACUGUGAAGCAAGAAUAGAACCUCUAAGCCUACUACAACUUCUACUAUUACCACCGUUACUACCUCCUGCUGUUACUAUUACCACUGUCACUGCUACUGUUACAACUAAGGGCAGUUUGAGCAGCUGUGUGGCACUCGUGAAUUGUGAAUUUUUUUCCUACUUUCGAGUGCAUUGUUGAGUUCAAGGUCGUGGUUUUGCCGUGUAGAAAAGUUUGGUGAUAAUUAACAUCCCCUCAAGAGCACUGUGUGAAGGCGUUAAUAACAGUGUUUUCUCUUACUCUAACAUGAAAGUUGAAAAGACGCAAAGGCGGAAAAAAAUAUGAAUGAAAGCACUGGUAUACAAGAAUCAGUGUCAUCGGUGUUUUGUUCAGCAGUGUUGCCAUCUAACGAACACGGCGAGUUAUUGAGGUCGUGUAUCGUGAAAAAGUGUGCUGCGUGUGUUUGAUGGAAAGAGAUAACAGAAACAUUCAUUACUUUAUCACAAGCUGUAUAAGUGGCCGGCCUUGACAUGCAACAUAAUCAUUUCUGUGUGUUCAAGACGUAGGUUAUAGAAAAUAUGCUUGCUGCGAGUUAUUACAACCUUGGAAGGCGUCAGCAGCAGCCUCAUGGUAGGCGGCAAAAAAGUGCAAUCCAGUCCUGAGUAAGUCAUGAAUUUUGUGACCAUGGCGUACAUCUCGAGAAAGGGACACACCACCCCCAACAACGACUAUAACAGCGACUACAACAACAUGGGCAGAGUAAUGGCCGUGACACGCAAACUGACACGACUGUUCUCCUCGAGUGACCUGCCUGAUGGAGAGGAGGUUGCCAACGCGGUGGACCAGACGGGCGGCCGCUACGAGGGGGAGAUCAAGAAACUCAAGAAGCUGACGGAGAGGCUCGACGCAGAAAAACAACACUACCGGCGAUUGUAUGAGAGGCAACUGGAGGAGUCAGACAUCAGGAACAAGGGGGAGAGCCUGCUGAGCCCUGGGGUGCUGUCAGCUGUCACCAAGUCUCUGGCUAAGCGUGUGCCCAGCCUCAGCCCGACGGUCCACAGCACCCCAGAGAAGGCCUCCCACAACACCAGCCUUGGGGCCCAGCAGCCGUCCUCCAUCACUGUGGACCCAGAGAACCUGGAGGAUAGCAUGAAGAAGGUACGGUCACCUUGGAGCCACGAGGCACAGGAAGAUGCUGACUUGCUCCGUUCCCUUGUGGAGCCCUUGGAAGAGGAGAUUCAUGCCCUUAAGGAGAAGAUCCGUGCUCAGGAUGCUCAGUUGCGUGCUCAUGAGGCUCAGCAGGCAGCAUCCCUCCACACCGCUGACCUUGUGGCCCCCCUCCUCAAGGGCACUGAUGCAGCCCAGGUGGUGCAGCAGCUGGAUGAGAAGCUGAAGGGUGUGAGCAGUACCCUUGAGGCAGAGAAGGCAUCACGGGCAGACCUGGAGUUGUACACAGCCAUCCUCAACACCCAGAAGACAGCACUCACUGAUGAUGUGGACCGGCUGCGUGCACAACUGACUGAGCUGAGACAGAGCUAUGAGACAGAGCGUCGGCAGCACCGGGACCUAAAGCACACCUGGCAGCGCGCCAACGACCAGUUCCUGGAGGAGCAGCGCCUGCACCUGGCCGACAUGAGGCGCAUGCGAGAACUCCUCACUCAGGAUCAGCUGCACAAAUUGGAAGAGGCCCAGCUGUGUGAGGAGGUGAACAAGGCCCCUCACGUCACACUGUCCAGCGCCAAGCAGCAGCAGUCUCCCUCCACACACCGGGCCACUCCCCCUGUUGCCAAGAAGCGGGUCCCCUCACCCUCGCCAGACAACGAGGGGGAAGAUGAGAGAUUGCUUGACCUGGAGGAGGAGCCGGUACCUAGACCCACUUCCACCGCCACCACCACCACCACCGUCACCUCACAAGGAGAGCAGAGUGAUGACCAGAGCAGUGAGACGGAAACCCACAGCCUGCCCCCAGACAGCCUAGUACCCGACAGCAUGCUGGCUGAGCGCUUCAGUCCUGACAAGAUGCCGCAGCUCACCCAAGACCAACAUAAGGCUCUUUCAGAGGUAUUCCCAGAUGUACCUGGUGAGCCACAACUCUCACCUCAAGAUGAAGACUACCUAGUAAUAGACUUCUCGGCUGGUGCAGACAGGUUAGGUGUCCAUGGGCAGGGCCGGCGAGUGGUUAGUGAGAUGGAGUGGAAUCUGCUGAAUGAAGAGAUAAGGCGGGCCAGGUCACGUCUAGGCCGGUCCUGCCAGCUCUGUGCUUCCUACCAGUCACAGCUGCAGAAGGCACAAAGUGACCACAAAGAGACUGAGAAGCAGCGAUUAGACCUGGAGCGAGCGCUGCAAAGGUACAAGGAGGACCUUGACCGUGAGGCUCAGUACAGGCUGGUGAUGGAGGAGCGCUGGCAAACCAUGGGUGAGGACUACGAAAAGAAGGUAGCAGGGCUGGCCAGCGUGGUGGAGGCAGCAGCAGGCAAGCAGUCAGAGCUGGAGACCAAGUUCCGCUCCACCAUGUUCAACGUGCACGACAAGCUGCGCUCCCUUACUGAACGAAGAGAGAUCGCGCAGCAGGAGCUCACCAGGCUACAGAAGGAGAACGACGACCUGGUUGGGAAGCACAGCAAGCAUUCCCAGCAACUCCAAAAUGAGAUCAUUAAUUUGCCAGACAAUAUGGAGGAGAUGCAGCUGUUGUUGCUGCGUUACCGGGAGGACAUCAUCGCGGCCAAGGUGUCCAAGGAGCACCAAGAAGAGGCCCUCAAGUCAGAGAUCCUCUUCCUCAAGGACCAGGUCUUGGCAGAGCAGCAUGAAAAGAACACCAUCGAGGAUCGUCUGUCCUCGGAGAUUGACCAGCUCAGGGAGAAGGUGGUAAUGCUGGAAAGUGUAGAGAGCCAGAUGAAGCUGGAGCUCAGGACAAGAGCGGAAAGUGACGCACAGGUCCGGGAGCUUGAGGCCCGGCAGGCGGAGGCGCAGCUUAAGAGUCAGCAGAUCAUCGCCGCGCUCAAGACGCAAGUGGGGGAACAGUCACAGAUGAGGACACGGCUGGAGGGUGAGGUGAUGGAGCUGCGAGGGCGGGUGUCCACACUCCAGCACGACCUUGACACUUCUGAGGCCGUGCAGCGGGACUUUGUGCGGCUGUCCCAGUCACUGCAGGUCCAGCUGGAGAAGAUCAGGCAAAGUGAAAAGGAGGUGCGAUGGCAGCAUGAAGAGGACCAGGAGGAGUGUAACAGCUGCAAACAGAGAUUUUCUGCCGUGGGCCGGAGAAAGCACCACUGCCGUCACUGUGGCAAGAUCUUCUGCAACGAGUGUGUCAGUAAACAAGUGCCAAGUGGCCCCCACCGGAGGCCCUCUCGGGUAUGCGACGUGUGUCACACCCUUCUAGUGCAAGAUGCCACUCCAUACUUCAGCUCAGAGCCCCCUCAUUCCCCAGACUGACCUCCUUGCCCUCCCUCGCCAUAUACCAUCCCUGACUCCAUGUGACCCACCAUGUGGCAUGGAGACCUUUCAUUCCUCCCUCAUGAAGCUACUUCUGUUCACGCAGCCAAAGCCAACUUUCAAUCUCCAGUUCACAGAGGUUAUCAAAGUCAUUCACUCACUGAUAUUGGUGUGCCAGGCUCCUACCCAGGUUGUGUUUCCACCGUGGAUUCCAGUGGACCAUGAAAGCAACUAGUCAAGCUAUUUGUUAUGUCUCCUGCCAGGGCUCCCUGCACCACCAGGACUGGCUGUGGCAGGUGGAGAGUGAUUGUUGGGUUUUAGUGAAUGAAUGAGUGUUAUAAAAUCCCACCUGAACAAACGUCUUAUGAGGAACAGGUUAGGGAUGAUAUUUAUUUCCCUUGCUGUACAGUUGCUUAUUUUUUCCUCUGUCACUGUUUGGACAUUAGUUUUCUCCUAUUGCUGAUCAGGCAGAGAAAUUGGAAUAGAUAAUAUUUUUAGAUUAGAUGCUCCUCUGAAGAAAUGUUUUUGGUUGCAGUUAUUGACUAAAUGCAUUUUAAUUUAUAUAAAUAUACAUCAGUCCUGCCUUA